UGUAAACAAACCUGAUUCUUGCCAUGGUUGCGUAAAUAAUAAAUCUCUUCUUGGGAAUAAGUGUGUCAGCAAGUAAAGGGAUAAUGGCGGCACCUGUUUAAAAAUGGGAUACACGAGUACAUGAAAAUGUAGUUUGUAAUUUUAUUUGUCACUGUGUUGUUCCGUCCAGAAGUCAGAAUGGCGUCAAGUGGAGGGUGGCGAGUACACCCAGCUGAUGAAAUGAAUAUAUCAGCAAUAAAUUAUGGAGGACCAAGCAUGUCAAAGAUGUCCUAUUCAGAAUCACAAGAUCCAUAUCGAUAUAGAUCUUCAACUCUUGAAGAUGCCAAAUGGUCAGACAUGCGCAAGAAAACUGGACUUCCCCGUUUCACAAAAGAGGUAUUGGAGGCACCGAUUGAUAAUAAGAUUGAAGCACAGACACGCUAUAUCCGAGAAAAUUUUCAUCAGAAGGAGUGUACAAGGUUUGUUCCUAAACAACAACCAAAAGAAACCAAAGUUCGAGAUUUAAAAUGUCACUGUGGUGAAAUAUUAAGUAAUCAUGCUGGUUUCCAUGAGACAGCGCCGCACUUUAACCCUGAUCAAGAUUUUUCUCAAUCUCAUUUAAUACAAGAUCCUGCAAUAGGAAAGCUGCUCCAAGAAGGAAAUUCUACACUAACAAAAGAAUUGCCAGAUAUUAAAUGGAAUGCUAAAGAAUCGUUGACCAAAACCAUUACAACAAGCUUUGGUAAAAUACAUUUCAAAGUUGAACAGAUUGGAGGAAGAAAACCUUCCAAGUAUGUUCGGGUUACUGAAGAUGAUAAUGUCAGGAAUGUCUUGAAGUUAAUGGAAGACCACUGGAGAAUAAUGGACCCCCAACCUCCAAAUUUGGUUAUUUCUGUUAUUGGUGGAGCUAAAAACUUUCGACUUGAUGGAAGAAUGAGAGAAACAUUUUCAACUGGCUUGAUAAAGGCUGCAAAGACUACUUCUGCCUGGUUAAUUACAUCUGGUUUUAACAUGGGUGUGAUGAAAUCUGUUGGUCAAGCUGUUAAUGAGGGUCAGACAUUUCUUUGGGACGAUGACAGAAUGACUCAUCUUAUAAGAUGUAUUGGUAUAGCACCAUGGGGGUACAUCAGAGGUCGGGAUGCUCUAGUCGGGGAUGGUGUGGGUAAUUUUAGAGCCUCCUAUAAACCGUCUAAUGUUAUUCUUCAUGGUAAACCAGUGCCUUUAAAUCCAGACCACACCCAUUUUAUUUUUGUUGAUGAUGGUAUGAGAAACAGAUAUGGUGGUGUGGCUGACUUCCGAGCUAAAUUUGAGAAAAUUGUUUCUCGUCCUGCAACUGAUGGAGGUUUAGGUAUACCUGUUGUAUUAGUGGUAGUAGAAGGUGGUACAGAUGCCAUUACUGAUGCUAAACGAUCUUUAGAUGAAGGAACACCUGUUGUUAUUUGUGCUGGUACAGGAAGAGCAGCAGAUAUUCUUGCUUAUGCUUAUAAACAUACAAAGAGAAAGGGAGAGAAAAGACAUUUAAAAAAGAAAUAUAAAAAGAAAUUGUGUAAUUAUAUAUUGGACUCUUACGGAAAAUCUUGGAAGGACGACAAAAAAGAUGAAGAAGUCAGAAAAUAUCUGGAGCUAGUAGAAGAAUGUUGUUUAAGAGAAGACUUGAUGAUUAUAUUCCAUAUGAAUAAGCAUGAAGAUUUAGAUCUAGCUAUUUUAUCAGUUCUAUUAAAAGCUAAAAAAGAUGGACACAACUCAAAUAAUAGGAAACGUUUAGAAAAUUUAAAGUUGGCCAUGACGUGGAAUAGAGCUGACAUUGCUCAAAGAGAAAUAUUUGGAGAAGAUGUUAAUUGGCACCAAGGAGCUUUAGAUGAUACAAUGACAACAGCAAUAUUGGAAGAUAAAGUAGACUUUAUUAAACUAUUAUUAGAUCAAGGUGUUUGUAUGAAAGAAUAUCUUACUGUUGAAAGAUUAAAAGAUUUCUAUAAUAAGAUACCAAAACAUAGCCAUUUAUAUAUUUUACUGAAACGAACCACCCGAAAUAAAAAUGAAUUUGAUUUACAAGACAUUGGAAGCUUUCUUAAAUCAUUCCUGGAUAGGUUCGAGGAUGAUAAAUUUUCAGCAAAGCCAUCCAAAAAAUCUAAUCAAUAUAAUAAAUCUGUAAUUCCGCACAGCAGUCGCAGUUCAGGUUCAGAUGAUGAUUUUACUGAAAAUGGCUUCAAAUGUCCAUAUAAACAACUCCUAAUAUGGUCAGUUCUUAUGAACAGAUCUCAGAUGUCAAUAUUUUUCUGGGAAAUGGGACAAGAACCUAUAACAAGUGCUAUAGCUGCUACCAGACUUUGUGAUGGAAUGAUUGUAAAACUACCUAAAUAUCAAAAUGAUUUACGAGAAGAUUUUGCAGCUGCUAAAGAUACAUUUGAAGAAUUAGCCACAAAAGUAUUAGAUGAAUGUCAAUCAGUUGAUCCAGAUAAAGCAAUGAUGUUAGUUGAGAGAAAAUCACCAAUGUGGAGUGAUGUGACUUGUUUACAAAUGGCUGCCUCUGGUAAAGAUCAGCUUUUUCUGUCAUCUGUUGGUUGUCAAUAUGCUAUUAAUCAUACUUGGAAACAUGGUAUUCUGUCGUCAUGGAGACGGGUUGGAACUGCAGUUCUGCUACCAUUCCUGAUAUUGACACGUUUUAUGGAACUUUCUGAUAUGGGUGAGAAGAGAAAAGUGAAAUGGUAUGAAAAGCUACAGAUAUUUUAUACAGCUCCUAUCACAAAGUUUACACAUUAUACGGUGUCAUAUCUGAUAUUUUUGUCGCUGUUUUCAUACAUGGUUCUAGUAGAUUACAAAGUAACUCCCUCUGUGGCAGAAUAUAUUUGUUUCUGUUGGAUUAUAUCAUUUUUAGUUGGUGAAAUUCAUUCUUUUUUGGCUUAUCCAUCACCAACUAUUUAUGGUAAAGUCCGAGAUUGGUAUGGAUUUUUAAAUCGGAUGGAUUUAGUCAAUCUUAUAUUAUCUAUAAUAGCUUUUAUUUUACAUUGGGAUCCAGCUUAUUAUACAGCUGCUAAAACAAUCUACUGUAUUAAUGUAGUGGUCUUCUAUAUUCGUAUAUUAAGAGUGUAUAUAGCUAACAGAUCUUUAGGCCCCAAACUCUUCAUGAUCUUAAAAAUGUUUGAAGAGUUAGUGAUGUUUUGUUUCGUAUUAUUUGUGUUCCUGUUAGCGUAUGGUGUGGCAAGUCAGGGUUUACUAUUUAAAGCACGACAUUCUAGUAAUUUUAAUCUUGUUGAUAUUGUCUACUACCCUUACUGGCAGUUGUAUGGAGAAUUAUUCCUGGAAGAAAUACAAACUGAUGAGGCAUGUACAGCAGCUCUAUCUAAUGCUACAUCACUAUUACCAUCUAAUAAUACAUGUCGAACAUAUAAUUCUCUAGUACCUAUAUUACUAGCUGGUUAUUUACUAGUAGGAAAUGUUCUACUUUUGAAUCUCCUUAUUGCUAUAUUCAGUCAUGUUUUUGAUACUGUUGAACAGAAAUCUUUAGAAAUUUGGAAAUACCAAAUGUAUUUUUUGGUAUCAGAAUAUGAUGUAAAGACUGGUUUGUUUCCACCGUUUAAUAUUAUAGUUCAUAUGGGACUGUUAGUUAAGUGGAUACUGAGAAAGACUUGCUGUGUUAAACAAUUUGAAGGAAUACAGUAUCAAGCUCAUCAUCAUGUUUAUCUACAACUAUUUGAAAAGGAAAUGAUGGCCAACUUUUUGAGACGUAGAAAAGAUGGUGAAAUGAAUAGCAUGGAUACUAAAUUAAGUACACUACAAAAGAGAGUUGAUGAUCUGACAAAACUGAUAGAAGAUGAAAUAGUAGCAGAUGAUGAAUCAGAUGAUGAUUUUCCAGCGUUAGAAACACAAGAUGCUGUUGUCAUGGAUGAUAAAGUUAAAUGGCCAGAUGUAGAGAAAGUUUUAGAAAUGGAUAAACGAGACAAGAUGAUAGAUGAUCUAGUAGCAGAGGAUUCAAAAACUGAUGAACUGAAAUCACAGAGAUUUGAGGAUGUUGCUAUGGAAGAGGUGAAGAAAAAACAUAAAAAGAAGAAAAAGAAGAAAGAUAAAAAGAAAAAAGAAGAGGACGAUAUUCAGGAAAAUAUUUUCGAUGAGGAUAUGGACCGAAAGUUGUUAACCAACAAAAAUAUGGAUAAAGAAGUACUGCCUAUGAAUUUGGCACCAGAUUCUCCAAUUAGGAAUAUGAAUUCUCUAAGUCCGAAGAUUUCGUUUUCACCUGUCCGUAAUAAUAGUAUGUUUUCUAAAUCCAAUGACACUGAUUCAGAAGAUGACAUUCCUAGAGAUAAAAUGGGUCGAAAAAUUUCACCAAAUAUCAAAUCACGAGCCAGCUUUUUAGAAUUCUUGAGUGAUUCCUCAGAUGAAGACAAUAUUAGUAGUCGACGGAAAAAGGGACUCAAGUUAGCCAAACAGAAACGCAGGGACAGAGAAUAUGAAGAGAAGCUAAUGGAUGUGGAAGACCGAAUGGAGCAAAUGGUUCGGUCCAAUCAAGAAACAUUCCAGGCCAUGAAAUUUAUGUUACAGAAAACUAACCAAAAAUAAUCCAUGGUUUAUUAUGAUGAGUAUGUGAUAUAAACUUACAUUAGUUAAAAGUGAAUUUAUUUUUGUCCGUCCACAGCCAUUACUAUUAAAUCAGGAAAAGAACAAAUAACAUUGGUCACAAUUUUUGUGACAGAUCAAACUGUUGAUAUAGUAUACGGUCUAGAAUAUUAUGUGAUAACAUUCCAUGUUAAAAAUGGAAUUAUAUUUUAAUAUCUAUUUGUCCAUAUUGACCAAUCUGCUGCUGAACAUAUAUUUAUAUACCAGUGAUAUGUUUAUAUAUAUACUACAUGUUUUAUUAUGUAUUAUAUAUAAUUUAUUUAUAUGACUGUUUUAUUUCUGUAGAUAUCAUCACAUGUGUAAAAUACUAGGACUUUUAUGGGUUAUUUUCUGUUGAUAUAUCGUGAAUCACAUGACUGCAUUUUCUAUUACUAGACUUGGUUCUGUUUAUCAAUUAAUGCUAUUUUAUCUGUGAUAAUCAUAUAAGUUAAAGUUGUAUAUAUACUUACACCUUUAGAUCAUAGUUAUUUAUUUAAUUGUGAUAUUCUUAUUUGCCAGCCAUUAUUAUUUUAUUUACUUUGUGUUUUUCUCCUUUAUGCUGAUAACCGUCCAUAUACCUCUUUGUAGACAUUUUUCUAUGUUUUUUUUUAAAAAGAAUAAUAUAAGUUUGUGAAUAAUCUCCAACCAUUAUAAUAAAUAGUUUUUAGCUUUUAACUAAAUAUUUUUCCUUUAUAAAUGCAGUUAUUUAUAGUAUAUAUAUUAUUUAUUUAUAUAGAUUUUUGAACUCAUGAUACCCACCUCAGGAAUAAAUUGUAUUGUUGCGUUCUAUCCAUUUAUUGUUUGAAGUUUGUUUACUUUUGUUUUAUGGUUGUCCACAUUCCUGUCCAUAGAUAUUUUUUUAAAAAGCUUUUUUAAAAUAUUCAUUUUGUCAUCACUUGCUCAACUGAGAUAUUUUAGUUUUCAGUCAUUUUUAUAUGUUACAUAUAUGAUGAACUUUACAUCUCUGUAACAGUUUAUUUUAUGUUCCUACAUUUUUAUUCUUAAAUUGCAUCGGACUACAUAGAAAUGAAUUUUUUUUCUAGUUUUAAUUCGAAUUAUUAAGAAAUACAUACUAUUUAAUAUGGGGAGAAGAACCCCUCAGACCCAAUACAAUUUUUAGAGUAAAACUUACUAGUACCAGUACAAAGUAAUGCAUAUAUACUUGACUCUUGCUAAGUGAGGCAAUUGGCAAAAAAUCGAAACAAAGCUUUGUACAAAUUCAACUUUAAAUUGACUGAAUAAUUUGUUUUAAAGUUUAAUGUACACCAUAAUAUUUAUUUCCAGAAAAAAGCAAUUAAAAAUUACUGGAACAACUAAAGACCAUAUUUCAAUCACAAACAACAAAGUUUUGUGCUGUUCCGAUAGGUUUACAACUUUGAGAAUUAGGGAAAUAUAUUUGUUUUGUGCCGUAUCUCAAAAUGUUUCUCAUUUAUCCGAAGCUGGUCACAUAUAUUAUAUGUGGAAAAAAUGUUUUUGUUAACUAACAACAUGACAAUUAUAUAAAUAAUUUCUGUGGUAGUCUUUUAUCAUUUUUGGAGAUGAUCACAAACAUUAUUUAAGUUAACAAGUGUCUCUAUGUAAUUACCGGUAGAUUGAAGAAGCAGAAACACUAACAAACACUUUAGUUUAAUAUGAACACAUUGAAUAUUGUCCCAGUAUCAAGAGGUUGUGAUGGAUGGUCUUAUUUCUAAAAGACUGAAUAUGUUUAUUUACAAAAUAUUUUUAUUAUAUACACAGGUUGUUAUAGAAAAUUUAAUAGUAACAUAUUUACAACUGAAUAUAUAUGUAUGUAUGUAUUAUCUAUUUAUUAUAAAACUGCUAUGGUUAUCUUUAUUCAGGUACACAUUACAUAAGACUUUAAAAUGUCAGAAGUAAUAAAACAAGUAAAGAUUA